GUUUCGCAGCAGCGGUACUAGCCCCAGCAGCGUGUACCUGGCCAAGCGUCGCCAGCUGUUUAGUGUGGGAGCGAGGGGGAGCGAGGCCGGAUGCUUCACCUGGCCACGUGGCAUCGCAGUGGCACCCGACAACCACAUUGUCGUCGCCGACUCGUCCAACCAUCGUGUCCAGGUUUUCGACUCUAACGGAAUUUUCCAGAAGGAGUUCGGUCAAUACGGUAACGGAGAGGGAGAAUUUGAUUGUCUAGCAGGAGUGGCUGUCAACCGUAUUGGUCAAUUCAUUAUUGCCGAUAGAUACAACCAUAGAAUACAGGUUUUUGACCCGGCAGGCAGAUUCCUACGUACAUUUGGAAGCCAGGGUACUGCUGAUGGCAGAUUCAACUACCCUUGGGGUAUCACCACUGACGCCCUCGGCUUCAUUUACGUGUGUGACAAGGAGAACCAUCGUGUCCAGGUGUUCCAGUCAGACGGCACCAUAGUGGGCAAAUUCGGGUCGCACGGCAGCAAGCCAGGCCAGCUCGAGCACCCGCACUACAUCGCAGUCAGCAACACCAACCGAGUCAUCGUCUCGGACUCCAACAAUCACCGCAUACAGAUAUUCGACGUCAACGGCCGCGUGCUCUCCACUUUCGGCCAGGAAGGAUCUGACAACGGCCAGUUCAAGUUCCCCAGGUAAGCCACCACGCCACAC